UGUACUCCGUGUGUUGACCAUGAAAAUUCUCUUUCUUUCCCUCUAUUUGUGAAGUUUGCUUCUGUGCAUUUCACAGCUGCGUUUCAAUUGUUCUACGAGGCUGCUGAAUUGGGACACGUUGCUGCACGUGAAUGGGUGGCUAUGGGCACACUGAUGGGUUGGGGAUUUUACCAAUCCCUACCGAAGGCGCAUUCUGAUUUCGUUCAGUUAGCGCAAGAGGGCAAUCCGCGCGGUCAGUUUGGACUUGGUUUUAUGCACGCAAACGGCUUGUUUGUAAAUGCUAGUGUGCCACACGCCUUGGUUUAUUUGACUUUCAGUGCUCUCGGUGGUGAUGAAUUGGCGGAAAUGACAAUGGGUUAUCGUCAUUGGACCGGUCUAGGCGUCCAAGAGAGUUGUGAAUCCGCAUUGACGUACUACUAUCGAGUGGCAAAGAAAGUAGCUAAAGAGGUUUCGGAUCGUGCUCAAGCUGGUGGACCGACGGUGCUGGGCCCAAUGGUUCGCCGCGUUCGCCUUCUUGAUGAAGCUGAUUCACACGGUGGUCUUUUCGGUCUGUUCGGUGGAGGGUUUAUGGCGGAUAAAAAGAACGACAGUGCCCAGGUUGGGCUUGGCCAAUUAUACUAUCAUGGCAGACAUGGAGUUGAAAGAGACUAUCAGAAAGCAUUCUACUACUUCACUUUGGCGGCAGAAAAUGGGAAUGCGUUAGCAAAGGCGUAUCUGGGUGAGGUAAGGAAAACGUUUAUCCGGUUACGGUGUCUCAAAUUCCCGCACAUUCAAAAUAUCUUUUAUAUCAAUUCUUGCAUGAAUACAUAUCACCUCUUGACUAAUCCUCAACAAAACGUGCUGAAAGAGCCCGACUCGAAACAACUGUUAGAGUUCAGUCCAAAAAAACUGAGGUUCGACGCGCAUAUAUAUGAGGUAAAUCAGGUAUACGAGGACGGUACGGUGACACAUCAAUCAGAUUGCGUCCUUGGCAUUCCGACUGAUCGAUCGGACAACUACUGUCUGAUUCGAACUUCAGUUAUCCAGUCCGGACUCAACCUCCCUGAUGCAUCACGAGCGUUUGCACCUCGUCUCCUCUACUCAUCUUCUGUCCAAAAGCGCCGAUUCCAUUCACUUUCUCCGAUGAUGCCACUCUCUCGUUCUCUCUCUUACUCCACAACCCACAGGGCCAAGAUCGCACUGUCAUUAGUGCAUCUUUUGCCUCCAAUCUCAGACUUGUCUCUGCAUGGGGUUCGACCAAAGUCGUUUACCUAUUCCACGUCAUGCGCCGCAUUGUACUUCCUUUUGUACAAAGUUUAA